AUGCAUAACAUUCGUAAUUUUUACGAGGAACUUGAUCCGAAGAUUUACAAUGACUUAGAACAUCAAAAUCUGUAUAUGUUAAAUUUAGAUUGCGAUUAUGCCAUUGAUAUUUUACGUCAGGCACAUUCAAAAAGGAUGUUUGUCGCCCCGACAAAGUGGCUGCUUUUUCAAGAUCGAAAAACGAUGACUGAUAACGAUAAUAACGUCAAUUUAACUUUUACAUAUAAUGACACUGUGUUGGAAAUUUUCGAGGAUUUGGCAAUCUAUCCUGAUAGCGACGUGAUCCUCGCGCGAAUAUUUGAUGGCGAUUUUAUCGAAUUAUUAUCCAUAUAUCGACCAAGUCCACAAAGAGGUGUAAUGUGGGAAAAUCGUGGAAACUGGACACUUGAAAACGGUCUACGAAUGAGCACUUUCGAUGUAGCAUCAGCACGAAGAAAAGAUCUUCAACAGACAGCUCUUAAAUCUUGUUUAGUGAUGACGGAUCCUGAUACAAUGAAUCAUUUGACUGACUUUAAGGAUAAAACCAUAGAUCCUGUCACAAAGGUUAAUUAUCCUUGGGUACUGCAUUUAGUAAAUCGAAUGAAUGCAACGGUAAGUUUUGAAGUUACGGAUACCUGGGGAUUUCUCAGCAAGAAUGGUUCCUGGAGCGGAAUGAGCGGGAUGUUGCAACGACGUGAAAUCGAUAUUGGCGGCACUGCUACAUUUUUCGUGCCGGAACGUGUCGGUGUUGUACAAUUCAUUCAAUUGUAUACAAAUACGGACCUACGCUUUGUAUUUCGGCGACCUUUACUGUCGACUGUCAGCAACAUAUUUAUUCUGCCUUUUCAACGAAACGUCUGGAUAGCGCUUGCAAUAUUUCUUCUUUUGGUCUUCUGUUUGCUCUAUUUAUCCAUCAAAUGGGAAUACUAUCGCAGUAGUAAGACAAAAUCAGCAGCCUACUGGAAACAAUUAAAUCCCAACAAGCAAACGAUCAGCGAUAAUUUUUUUAUUCUUUUAGGCGCAUUUUCUCAGCAAGGAUAUUCGUACGAGCCCUACAGAGUUUCAUCUCGAAUAGUUACUCUUAUGUUAUUGUUUGCCUCGCUAAGCUUCUAUGCGGCUUAUACAGCAAAUAUCGUGAGUUUAUUGCAAUCUACCACGGAUUCUAUCAAAACUCUUCCGGAUCUUUUAAAUAGUCCUUUAAAGAUGGGUGUGCACAAUAUAGUAUAUAGUAAAUAUUAUUUCCAGUCUUUCCGAGAUCCCGUUAGAAAGGCGAUCCUGGAACAGCGAAUCGAGCCGAAAGAAAGCAAAGCUAACUGGAUAUCUGUAGAAGAAGGUGUAACCCGUAUAAGAAACGACCUCUUCGCAUUCCAUGGUGAGAUUGGUACGAUUUAUCAGGAAAUGCAAGACACGUAUUUGGAGGAAGAGAAGUGCGGUUUGACUGAGAUCGAUUUCCUAAAUCACAUAUAUCCGCUUCUUGCGAUACAAAAGCAAUCACCAUAUUCAGAGAUAUUUAAAACUGGAGCUCUAAAAUUACGAGAAUACGGACUUAAAUAUCGCGAGGAAUAUCUCUUAUAUACGAGAAAACCAGUGUGUUCGAGUCAGACUAGAUUCAUCACUAUCGGUUUCACGGAAUGUUAUUUCGCGCUAGUUAUAAUAGGCUACGGAAUACUCCUAUCUGUAAUCGUAUUUGUGUUUGAGUUAUUAUGGCAUAAGAGACAAACUAUGCACGCGAUAAAAGAAAUGUCAAAUUCAGAAACCAACAGUGUGGAAUGCCUUGAUUAA